CUCUGUUUGUGUGUGCGUUCGUAAUCCCUGUUGGGCAGAAUCUCUGUCUUGUUCUGUACGUACAUCAUCUCUUCAUUGUAUACCACAAUGAAUCAGAAGCUGCUCUCUAGAAAGGCAGCAUGCAACGUUCAUGGGCAGGACUCCUCGUACUUCCUAGGGUGGCAAGAGUACGAGAAGAACCCCUAUGAUCCAAUCACGAACCCCGGAGGGAUGAUUCAGAUGGGUCUUGCCGAGAACCAGCUCUGCUUUGAUCUUAUCGAGUCGUGGCUGCACACCCACCCUGACGCCGCCGGAUUCAAGAAAGACGGCGCAUUAAUAUUCCGGGAGCUUGCUCUGUUCCAGGACUACCAUGGCUUACCUGCUUUCAAGAGCGCAUUGGCAAAAUUCAUGGGAGAAGUACGAGGAAACAGAGUAACUUUCGAGCCCUGCAAGCUCGUCCUGACUGCUGGUGCCACUUCUGCCAACGAGACACUCAUGUUCUGCCUUGCCGAGCCCGGAGAAGCUUUCCUUCUGCCCACUCCAUACUAUCCAGGAUUCGACAGGGACCUCAAAUGGCGAACCGGAGCUGAGAUCGUUCCCAUCCACUGCUCCAGCUCCAAUGGCUUCCGAGUCACCAAAGUGGCCCUCGAAGCAGCGCACCGACACGCGCAGAAGCGUGGCCUCAGGGUGAAGGGAGUCCUCGUGACCAACCCUUCCAACCCAUUGGGCACAACCAUGACCCGGCAAGAACUGGACACCCUCAUCGACUUCGUCGUUGCCAAAGACAUCCAUCUCAUCAGCGACGAGAUCUACUCGGGCACCAGCUUCGACUCGCCGGAAUUCGUCAGCAUCGCCGAGGCCAUCAAGGACAGGGACGACGUCGCCCACCGCGUCCACAUCGUGUGUAGCCUCUCCAAGGGUCUCGGUCUCCCGGGAUUCCGCGUCGGUGCAAUCUACUCAGGCAACGACGCGGUGGUGUCUGCCGCUACGAAGAUGUCCAGCUUCGGUCUGAUAUCUUCUCAGACUCAGUACCUCCUCGCAGCGUUGCUCUCCGACGAUGAGUUCACCAAGAAGUACAUUCUCGAGAACCGGAGGAGGAUUAAAGAACGGCACGCCCUGCUCGUGCAAGGGCUUCGUAGGAUCGGGAUCAGAUGCUUAGAGAGCAACGCGGGUCUGUUCUGCUGGGUGGACAUGAGACACCUGCUCAAGUCCGACACCUUCAAAGGAGAGAUGGAGCUGUGGAGGAAGAUAGUGUAUCAAGUGGGACUAAACAUCUCGCCGGGCUCUUCGUGCCACUGCGACGAACCGGGGUGGUUCCGCGUCUGCUUCGCCAACAUGUCGGAGGACACACUCAACCUCUCCAUGCAACGGCUCAAGAACUUCGUGGACUCCGGCGAGCAUCGCAGGACCCACGAUUCUGGCCAUCGGAGUCCGAGAAGGCAAUUCUUGACUGCAUGA